AUGGCUUGGAGUCAACUAGAAUUAGAAGCUCCUCAUAUAGCAUAUGCUUGUGUUGGGAUAUUCAGUACUUUAUUUUCAUUGGUAUCAUUAUUUGUUAAAGAAAGAUUAUAUAUUGGUGAAGCAACAGUUGCAACUAUCGCUGGUUUAAUUUUAGGUCCUCAUUGUUUAAAUUGGUUUAAUCCUAUAUCUUGGGGUAAUUCAGAUUAUAUUACUUUGGAAAUUUGUAGAAUUGUUUUAUGUAUUCAAAUUGUUGCGGUGGCUGUUGAAUUACCAAGAAAAUAUAUGAAAAAACAUUGGUUAUCAGUUGCAAUUUUUUUAUUACCUGUUAUGACAUGUGGUUGGUUAAUUGUUGGAUUAUUUAUAUGGGUUUUAAUUCCUCAUUUUAAUUUUGCUGAUGCUUUAUUAGUAAGUGCUUGUGUUACUGCGACUGAUCCUGUUUUAGCUGCUGCUGUUGUUGGUAAAGGGAAAUUUGCUGAAAGAGUUCCUGGUCAUUUAAGAAAUUUAUUGAGUGCAGAAUCUGGCUGUAAUGAUGGUAUGGCAUUCCCUUUCAUUUAUUUAUCUUUAUUCAUUAUUAUUUAUAAAGGUAAUGCAAGAGAAAUAGUUAAGGACUGGUUUUGUUUAACCAUAUUAUGGGAAUGUAUCUUUGGUUGUGUUUUAGGUGCAGUUAUUGGAUUUGUUUUACGUAAAUUAGUUGCAUUUGCCGAAGAUAAAAAUUUAAUUGAUCGUGAAUCAUUUUUAGCAAUUUUUGUUUUCAUUGCUUUUAUUUCAGCAGGUAUUGGUUCAAUGUUGGGAGUAGAUGAUUUGUUAGUUUCAUUUGCUGCUGGUACUGCUUUUGGCUGGAAUGGAGCAUUUGCUAGAAAAACUGAAGAAUCUCAUGUUUCAACAGUUAUUGAUUUAUUAUUAAAUUUAUCAUUUUUUGUUUAUUUUGGUGCUAUUGUACCAUGGCCAAUGUUUAAUCAAGCUGAUAUUGGUUUAAAUGUAUGGAGAUUAAUUAUAUUAGCAUUUGUUAUUAUAUUUUUAAGAAGAAUUCCUGCUGUUGUUGCUUUAAAACCGUUUACACCCGAUGUUAAAACUUGGAGAGAAGCAUUCUUUUGUGGUCAUUUUGGUCCAAUUGGUGUUGGUGCUAUAUUUGCAAGUAUAUUAGCAAGAAAAGAUUUAGAAGGUCAUUAUACAACUGAAGAAACUCCUUUACAUAAUUUACCAAAUGAAGAAUUUCCUCAUUAUCAAUUAUUAUCAUGUAUUUGGCCAAUGGUUUGUUUUAUUGUUAUUACAUCGAUUAUAGUUCAUGGUUCUUCAGUUGCUGUUUUAACAUUAGGUAAAAGAUUAAAUAGAAUGGCAAUUACCAUGUCAUUUACUACAACUAAUGGUGAAACAACUCAAGGUACAAGUAACUGGAUGCAAAGAUUACAAAAAUUAGAUAAAUCUUCUACGUCAUUUUCAUUACAUAGAGUAGAUACUGCAAUUCCAAAAUCUGAAAACGAUGUUGAAAAAGAACAAGUUGAACAAGAACAAAAUUUACCAGAAACAUCAGGUAUUAAAUUUAGACCAGCUGGUGGUGCAAAAAGAAAGAAGAAGAGAAAAUCAAGACAACAUCCUGGUUUAAUUCAAAAAACUUUAUCAAAAGUUACAAGUAAUACAAAUGAAGGUGAAGAUGAAGAAAUGGAAAGACAUAGACCUGCAGCACAAUUUUUACAAUUGGGCCAACAAAAGAAAGAAGAACCAGAUACUACAUUGACAUCAUCAGAGCAAAAAGAACCAUCAAGUUCUUCUUCUGGUGGUACUGCUGGUGGUGAAUUUGAAUUACAUAGAACAGCAACAUCACUAAAAACAUCAGGAAAGAAAGAAUUUGGUCAAAGACAACCAACUGAAGAAGAGAAAAGAUCAGUGCCGACAAAUGCAUAUCAAGAAGGUGAUAGAAUUGUUAUUGAGGAUCAAUAUGGUGAAGUUAUGGAUAAUAUAAAAUUACAAGAACGUAAACUAAAAGAUCAACAUACUGAUGAAGAUAGUAUACAUUCAAUGGAUUCUUUACAAAGGCAACUUACUCAAUAUUCAUCAAGUUCAUCAAAACAUUCCACUGAUGAAGAGCCAACAUUGGUUAGAAAAUUAUCUCGUACCUUAUCAAGAAAACAAUAUCAUAAAAAAUCAGACCCUAAAAGAAAAGUAUUUGCUCAUAGAAUUGAUAAUCUUAUUGUUAUUGAAAAUGAAGAAGGUGAUAUAAUAAGAAGAUAUAAAGUCAAUAAACAUGCAUCAACAUUACCAAAACCUAAUAGAUCAAGAUCAAGUACAUUAGUAGGUAAAAUGAAAUCAUUAGUAGGUAUAUCGAAUCAACAACAACAACAACCAGAAAUACCCGAAACGCCAACUAUUCAUGUUACAGAUUUAGAAAAAGGAAGUCAUCAUCAAAUUUUAAUACCUGAAGGUGUAACUAAUGAUAUGAAAGAUUCAAAAAUGGAACAAAAAUUGGAAAAUAAAAUAACGUCAAUAUUGGAGAAGAAACAUGAAAGUGGCUCGCAUAAGUUAUUUAAAAAUGCUUCUCCUCCUCCACCUGUGAAUGAUGUAACAGAAGAAGAAGAUGACGAAGAAGAAACUGAAACUGAUUUAUCCGAUUAUAAUGGCGAAACUGCAGUUGAGAAAAAGAGAAGGUUGCAAGCAUUGGGUCAUUUACCAACGGGACAUGAUGAAAAUGAUGAAGAAGAGUAG